AUGGCGUCCGCCCGAGAGAUGGUCUCGAGCUUCACUGGAACCAAAAAAAAUGAAAGUCAAGUGCGGCAUGAGCAUAGGCUCUUGGAGCUCGGCGCGGAGUGCUUGGUUCUCCGCUGGACCCCCCUCCCUGGCGCGCGGAGCGCGCCAGGGGCGGCGCCAGAGGCGCAGGUGGGGGGCCCCGGCGCAGGUCCAGGAAACCCGCCCAGAGCUCCAACAUGUUCUGUUCAUGCAGCUUUUCGCUCCUCUAUUGUCCUGCUCGUCCAGGCGACGGCAUUCAGUGGCCGAGAGCUUGGUGAAACUCUGAAUGUGUGUCCUUUGGGGUUCGUGGUGCUUUCCGGGACUCUCACGGGUUCUUUUGCGGACGCCCGUUGA